AACAUUAAAACAAACAGGCUAAGCGACAAACUCGAUUUCAAGAAACUUAGACUUUAUAAAAUUUUAAGAAAAAUCGGAGAAGUAAACUAUGAACUUGAACUUCCAGAACGACAGGAAAAACAAGGAAAACAUAUGCAUCCAAUAUUUCACAUCUCCCUGCUAGAAAAAGCA